AGAAACAUGUGCUAAUUGUAUUCAUCUUAACAUCGCAAAAAAAUUCUAAAUUAUCGUAAAAUGUCAUUUUAUUCAAAUAAUUACAGAAUAUUCUCAAUGUUUAUACUUAUCCUUUACUUCGCGACUUUGAAUUAUGCGAAACGUGAGGCUGACGUAGGGGAAAGAAAAGCGAACGAGAAGGAAUAUCCCUAUGCUAUAUACAUCAUCGAUUUAAAAAGCAACAUCGAUGGGACCGGCACUCUUUUGGCCCCCGAUAAGAUCGCGACCGCGGCUCACGUCGUCGGCAGAAGGUUCAAAGUAGAAAACGCUGAGUUGAUCGGAGGGGCCGUAUACGCGGAUAAGCCCGGUAAACUUGGCUAUCAGAAAAGAAACGUCCUGAAGUUCGUAGUGCACCCGGAAUACGAAAAAGUUAAAGAGCCCCUACAUGACGUCUGUUACAUUUUAGCCAAAGCGCCCUUCGACAUAAACGAAUUCGUGAAACCGGCUCCUUUGGCGGCCUACGAUCCCGACUCUUUCUCAAAAUCCUGGGAUAAAAUAGUCGCCAGCGGUAUAAAAUGUUACGGCGUGGCUUUCGUCAAGAAACAAGGCAAAGAACUCAAGAUGGUCAGGAUGUACAGCCUGAGUCAGGAAAACUGUGAAAAGUACGCCGGGAAGGAGCAGUAUGACGUCGGUAUUAGGUGUUUGAUUGCUUACAUGCCGGAAAACGUUCUCUGUUCCGGGGAUUCCGGCGGCCCGCUCGUCUGCGACGGAAAAGUCUACGGAAUAUUCGCCGCAUCUUCUGGUGGCUAUCCGGCAACUCCGGGCCCAGAUUCAGUUGUUUGCGAUGGUGUGGGUGUAUGGUUUAUGUAUAACACUUAUGGGAAAUAUCUUAAAUUUUUUGACGCAAAACCAUGGUCGAGCGGAAAUUUGCCGACUCCCACUUUAUUGGCCAUCGCCUUCUCGGCCUUAGCACCACUCCAUGGGAACUUCUUCGAACGCGGUUUUGUGGAUCAUUAAAAUUAACACUUUCAUAACA